AUGAUGCUGAGCAGAACUUCAAUCAAAAGUGUGACUCGCGGGUUUUCCAUCAUCAUCUGCAACAAUCCCAUUCUCAACAUCAUCGAAAGGGAUCCUUAUUUUUUGCCUGAAGCCACUUCUUUUGCUCAUUUUCUUCAUUGUAUCACAUUUGGAAACCAGAGGGGCAACAAGUCAGAGGGACCUCUUACACAAGUGUCAAGGAAAUCCUCUACAGGGAAUGCCUUAUUGUUUCAAAGAUCGGCCAUUUUCAAUCCACUUCAUGUUUUUCUGAAAUGUUUGUAUGCUAGACAUGUGAGCACUGCGUCGAUUGAGCUCAAGACAGAUAACGAUAUUGUCAGGUUUAGUAUCGGUAAACAGAUGGAUAGUAACGAGUCUCCAAGAAAAGGUAAGAGGACAGCCAAAAGGUUCAAAAUGUCUAAAAAAGCCAAACGGAAUGAACUCAGGUUAUAUCGCUUGAAGGCAAAGAAAAAAAUUAGAUCUGGCAAUCCAGAAGUCAGGAUAAGAUACAAACUUGAAAAGGCGAAACGAAAGGAAGAAUGGUUGAUUGAGAAACUGAGGAAAUUUGAGGUACCCAAAGCCCCAGCUGAAGCAUAUGAUCCUGAAAUUCUUACUGAAGAAGAGAUGUUUUACCUAAAGCGAACGGGUGAGAAAAAGAAAAAUUAUGUUCCACUCGGGAGACGAGGAGUAUUUGGAGGAGUUGUUCUAAACAUGCAUCUCCACUGGAAGAAGCAUGAAACUGUUAAGGUUAUUUGCAAGCCUUGCAAGCCUGGACAGGUUCAUGAAUACGCUGAAGAACUUGCUCGGUUGAGCAAAGGCAUCGUUAUUGAUAUAAAACCUAACAAUACUAUAAUAUUCUAUCGAGGAAAGAAUUAUGUUCAGCCCGAAGUUAUGUCACCUCCAGAUACUUUAUCCAAAGCAAAGGCCUUGGAAAAAUAUAGGUAUGAGCAGUCCCUUGAGCAUACAAGUCAGUUUAUUGAGAAAUUGGAGAAAGUGCUGGAAGAUUAUCACGAACACCUUGCUCGGUACAGGAAGGAGAAGGAGAAGGAGAAUGCAGCACAGGAUUCACUUGUUGAUAAUUGA